AUGUUCGAUGUGGUAUGGGCAAACCCCAACCGGGAGCUGGUCGGCCAGAGAAAGGCACGAAAGGAGAAGGAGAAGGAGCAAAGAGACACAUGUAGCAGCGGCGGCCGCUCAACAGCACCGGCGGAAACAGAGACCUCGUCACUUCGCAACAGGAAGCCGCAGAGCUUUCUAGAGUCCAUCCGCUUCAAGAAGAAGAGGCUAAAGCAAGACGCGCCGUCGGUAUCUACGAGCUCACGACUUUCCGGACUUAGCGAUACGGCCGGCAAUCGAGACUCCGUACUGGCACCACCGAGCCUUGCAUCAAGUCUGGGCCGGUCUGCUUCGGUGCAGUAUAGAGACAGCAGUGGCGACGGUACCGGAAGCAUUGCCAGCGGUCAGCAGAGCAGCUCACAGAACAGGUCAUCGCUUGACGUUGAUUCAAUCUUGUCCAAAUGGACCAUUCCUAACUCACUCGCUACGAUGCUAUCAGUUGAUGAGGAAAUGGAGCUUGAACUCAGAACUCAGAACGGCAAGAAAACAACGUCAAUAAAAACCACAGGGAGUGAUAUUGUACAAACAGUUCUGCGACUACGCAUUGACGGCAGUCAGGAAGUGAGCACACCAAGCUCCCGAGGUUUAGACAAUGAUAGAGACGAGGCUCUGCUACCUCAUGCUCCACCGCUUACACCGAUGGCAUCGCCACAGAAACCAUCGAAAUCACCACUUACACCGUCGAGCUUAGCAUCGUCUCGUCGAAAGAAGAAGCGGGUGAAUCCUCCCGACCUGAAGUUGCAGGCCCGUCACACAUUGGGCAAGCCAAUUGAGUCCUUUGGUACACCCGACAUGCCUGACAUCCGGCCGCUCUCCGUUCGAAAUUCAGCAACAUCCUGGAAUGCUAGAUCAUCAUGGGAAAAUAAGAGCCUACCUAGCAUCAGCCUUCCGACACCUCUCAAAGUUGGCAUCAAAACGCCACGGUCACCGAAAUCCCCGUCCAAUACUAUCCGCUCCUCCUCCAGGGCUGCCACAGAAGAAACAAGCCCGUCCAGCGUCGCAGCACAGGAGGACGACAGGUUGACAUCGCUGUCGCUGAGUCUAUCCGGUAUACAAAAAGAGAUCCAAAAAAUGGCCUCGGCUGACUCGGAGACAUUCUGGAAACGGCUGACCGAACAAUGGGGCACAUGGGCAGAUGCAGCCCUUUACAAGGCGCUUGAGAUGGACCGGAAACGUUGGCUGUUAUCGGCCUUGUAUAGCAUCAAUCCCGCGCCGGAUGCGGGUAUUCCGGUGACGAACAUUGAUCGCCGUAUCCUCGCCUUCUUUGAGACCCAAGCUACGGCAUCAUACAUUGCCGCUCUCAACGCCGGCACUCUUGUCCACCACAUGUCGCCAAGUCCGCUCUCCAACAACCUGUUUCCCAACGUCGUGCCCGUGUUGUCUCCCGCCUUCUCGUGCACGUCACUGUCCGCUUCGCCCCUGGCCUUCUCCGACAUCUACGUCCAACCACUGCCAGCCCUGGUGUCCGCCAGCGACAUCCCGCUCGUUCUACGCAAUAUGCACCGGGCGCUCACGCCACAGGGUACCUUGCACUUGCUCCUCAUCGACCCGACUCCUGCACGCAGCGCCACCGGCCCACGGCUGCAAGCCUGGCUCGACGAGCACUUGCUGUUGAAUUUGGAGCGGCAGUUCCGCUGCACGAGUCCCACGCGACUGUUUCCAACAUGGUUGCGAGACGCACAUUUUCAGCUCGGUGCCGGUUCUAAAGUUGUCUGCCCGUUUUCAGCUGUAUUCAAGGAAGAAGAAAGGAGGAAAAACCAGGAGGAGACGCAAGAACCACAACAACCGCCACCACAGCCACAAGAGCAGGCAUCACAAGAGUCACCGAUCGUUCCAGAAGACCUGUCAGAACUGCCAUCGGAACUAUCCGCGCCAGACGCACCACCGAAAAACCCACGCCGCUUACAAAGUCUCGUGGGCCAGAAGCUGUGGCAAGAAAUCUGGGGGCCGUAUGUCACGGCGAACAAGUGGUGGUGGGAGGAUGAGGCCUGUCGUGAAGAAUGCCUCCGGCUGGAGACGGUGUGGGAGUAUCACAUCGUGGAUGCUGUGAAGAAGGAAAGGUAUGUUGCGAGUCAGCUGUGA